UUGGCGACAAGGUGCCAGCGGACAUCCGGAUCAUCGAAAUCCGGUCCACUACCCUGCGGGUCGACCAGUCCAUCCUCACAGGGGAGUCUGUGUCGGUGAUCAAACAUGCUGACCCUAUCCCUGAUCCCCGGGCUGUCAACCAGGACAAGAAGAACAUGCUUUUCUCUGGCACCAACAUUGCAGCUGGAAAAGCUGUAGGGGUCGUCAUUGCGACAGGGGUGUACACUGAGAUCGGGAAGAUCCGAAACCAGAUGGUGGAGACAGAGCCUGAGAAGACACCCUUGCAGCAGAAGCUGGACGAGUUCAGCCAGCAGCUCUCCAAAGUGAUCUUCCUGGUGUGCAUCGCCGUCUGGGUCAUCAAUGUCAGCCACUUCAGCGACCCUGUCCAUGGUGGCUCCUGGUUUCGGGGAGCCAUCUACUAUUUCAAGAUUUCAGUGGCACUGGCGGUGGCCGCCAUUCCUGAGGGCCUACCAGCUGUCAUCACCACCUGCCUGGCACUGGGCACGCGCCGCAUGGCCAAGAAGAAUGCCAUCGUCCGGAGCCUGCCCUCAGUGGAGACCCUGGGCUGCACCUCUGUCAUCUGCUCCGACAAGACCGGCACCCUCACCACCAACCAGAUGUCUGUCUGCCGGAUGUUCAUUAUGGAGAAGGUGGAGGGCACCCAGUGCAGCCUGCAUGAGUUCAGCAUCACAGGCUCCACCUACACCCCCGAGGGACAGAUCCUGAAGGACGAGCAGCCGGUGCGGUGCGGGCAGUACGACGGGCUGGUGGAGCUGGCCACCAUCUGCGCCCUCUGCAACGACUCCUCGCUGGACUACAACGAGUCCAAAAAAGUCUACGAGAAGGUGGGGGAAGCCACUGAAACAGCCCUGACAUGCCUGGUGGAGAAGAUGAAUGUCUUCAACACUGACACCAGCAAACUCUCCAAGGUGGAGCGAGCCAACGCCUGCAAUUCAGUGAUCAAGAAGCUGAUGAGGAAGGAGUGCACCCUGGAGUUCUCCCGCGACCGCAAGUCCAUGUCAGUGUAUUGCACGCCCACCAGCCCCGGCCACAACUCCGCCGGGAGCAAGAUGUUCGUCAAGGGUGCCCCAGAAAGCGUGAUCGAGCGCUGUACCCACAUCCGCGUGGGCACCGCCAGGGUCCCACUGACGGCCCCGGUGCGGGAGAAGAUCCUGGGCAGGAUCCGGGACUGGGGCAUGGGCAUUGACACGCUGCGCUGCCUGGCCCUGGCCACCCACGAUGCGCCCAUCCGCAGGGAGACCAUGCAGCUGCACGACUCCGCCACCUUCGUCCACUAUGAGAAUAACCUGACCUUCGUGGGCUGUGUGGGGAUGCUGGACCCUCCCCGCAAGGAGGUCACCUCCUCCAUUGAGAUGUGCCGCAAGGCCGGCAUCCGCGUCAUCAUGAUCACCGGUGACAACAAGGGCACGGCAGUGGCCAUCUGCCGCAGGAUUGGCAUCUUCUCGGAGAGCGAGGACGUGACUGGCAAAGCCUACACGGGCCGGGAGUUUGAUGAGCUGCCCCCUGAGGCACAGCGGCAGGCGUGCCGUGAUGCCCGAUGCUUCGCCCGUGUGGAGCCGGCGCACAAGUCCCGCAUUGUCGAGUACCUCCAGUCAUUCCAUGAGAUCACCGCCAUGACAGGCGACGGUGUCAACGACGCCCCGGCCCUGAAGAAAGCCGAGAUCGGCAUCGCCAUGGGGUCGGGCACAGCCGUUGCCAAGUCGGCCGCUGAGAUGGUGCUCUCCGAUGACAACUUCUCCACCAUCGUGUCAGCUGUCGAGGAGGGCAGGGCCAUUUACAACAACAUGAAGCAGUUCAUCCGCUAUCUCAUCUCCUCCAACGUCGGGGAGGUCGUUUGCAUCUUCCUGACGGCCAUCCUGGGCUUGCCCGAGGCCCUUAUCCCCGUGCAGCUACUGUGGGUGAACCUGGUGACAGAUGGGCUGCCGGCCACCGCACUGGGCUUCAACCCCCCUGACCUGGACAUCAUGGACAAGCUGCCCCGCAAUCCCAAGGAGCCCCUCAUCAGUGGCUGGCUCUUCUUCCGCUACCUGGCCAUCGGAGUGUACGUGGGCCUGGCCACGGUGGGCGCAGCGACCUGGUGGUUCUUGUACGACGCCGAGGGACCGCAGGUCUCCUUCCAUCAGCUGAGGAACUUCAUGAGGUGCACUGAGGACAACCCCAUCUUUGAAGGAAUCAACUGUGAGAUCUUUGAGUCCCGAUACCCGACCACAAUGGCUCUGUCUGUGCUGGUGACAAUUGAAAUGUGCAAUGCUCUGAACAGUGUCUCUGAGAACCAGUCGCUGCUGCGGAUGCCACCAUGGCUCAACAUCUGGCUGCUGGGGGCCAUUGUCAUGUCCAUGGCUCUGCACUUCCUCAUCCUCUACGUCAAGCCCAUGCCUCUCAUCUUCCAGGUAACCCCCCUGAGCUGGCCACAAUGGGUGGUUGUAAUGAAGAUCUCCCUGCCCGUUAUCCUGCUGGAUGAAGGACUCAAAUACCUUUCCCGCAACCACCUGGACGGCAUUCUCAGGACAGUAAGGCACAUGUGGAGCGGGGAGCACCAGUUGAAAACCUGCAGGACUCCAGAGCAAGGGAGAAGAGGACAAGAAAUGAAUGACACGAAGGAAACGCUCCUAACUAAAGGAUCCCUAACUUGUAACUCGGACUGAAGUCUUGCAUGCAUGACCAUCGCUAGAAGCCAGCAGGACAUGCAUGUGUCCGACUAUCAGACAAAUGCGGGUGAAUCGUCGAAAAGAAAAAUACUGAUUUUGUUUUGUUUUGUAGCUUUCUUUUUCCUGUACAUAAGAGUGCAAUUACUGGACAGCUGGUGUAGGGUUUGGGGACAGAGCUGUGUGGACCUGGGUCAUCGUAACGUGGUUCCUUGGUGAUUUGUUCCUGCAAAAUUUGAGGCCCUCUUUCCAAUUUUCACCCUGAUGGGUUGAGCUCAGGCAAGGCAUCC